CGGGGGACGUGAAUUGGGCCGUUUGAGGAUACGGGUGCCAGGUUGAGGGUUCGAUCAGGCAUAACUGUGGCACAUGGUGGCGGCCUUGUCAUCUGUCAUCUUAAGAUUAAAAUAAUCAUCUGCCCUCACUUAUACAGUGUUAAGAAGUCAAUGCAGGAGAGAGGGGACAGUAUUUUGUUUGUGUUACGAUCUCUAAUAGUGUGGAUUGUAGAUGUAUUUAUGAUUGACGAUAGAUAGGCAAUGUGCAGGAAUUCUUGAUACAGUCAUAAAGCAUGGUGGUUACAUUGCAUACAAUUAAUGAUGAAAAUGAUUGCAGUGAUACAAAGAGCAGUAUGCCGGAAUCCCCAGACAUAAAGUCCUCCCCCAGUAUGACCAGCGGGGCCGUACCUGUCCCCCCCUCCAGGGACCUCUCCAGACCCCACUCAGGGAGCAGCAGUCUCUCAGUGAAUGGUAGUCACUCUCCGUUAUCGCUGAUGAAUGGACGAACCCCUUCCCCCUCAGCCCUGGUCAACUCCUCCAUGAAUCAGCAGCUACCCCCAGCCUGUGGAGCGAGGCAGCUCUCUAAACUAAAGAGAUUCCUGACCACCCUACAACAGUUUGGUUCCGACAUUUCACCAGAUAUUGGGGAGCGAGUCCGAACACUGGUCCUAGGACUUGUGAAUUCCCAUUUGUCAAUAGAAGAAUUCCAUGCCAAGCUGCAGGAGGCUACCAAUUUUCCCCUGAGACCUUUUGUUAUACCAUUUCUAAAAGCCAACUUGCCUUUACUUCAGAGAGAGCUGUUACACUGUGCUCGGAUGGCUAAACAGACACCCCAGCAAUACCUAGCUCAGAACGAACACAUUCUGUUUGACGCCUCGAACCCCUCCCCCUCGGAGACGCAGGAUAUCUCCGUGGACGUCAACGAAAAUGGCAAACGUCGCUCCCCCGACAGCCGGAAGGAGAACAGUUUUGAGAUGAGUUUGGACUCGAUGAAUCCCGCUAAGCGCCAUCAGACCGUGAGCCCCAGAGUCAGUCCUAAUGGUGUACUUAACCUCAACAGUGGACCAAUCAAAUUAGAGGACAUAAGUCUGUCCCGAGAGCUGAGGGAGAGGGAACGAGUGGAGCGUGACCGGGCAGACAGGGAGAGAACAGAUCGGGGCGGGGACAGGCACUACCCUCCCUUCAAUAAUAAUUACUCCAGAUCUGAUUCAUUUGACCCUCUAGAAAGAAUGGACGAUGACUGGAGACACGUGGAAACUAUGUUGAAUUGUAUUAUUGGUAUGGUGGACGAAAAUUUCAUUCUCCGAGCAUUUUUAUGCUCCAGGAGCGAAUUUUUUCACAAGCUCAUUGUCUCGCUGUGGAUGAGGCGACAUGCAGAGGGACUGGACGUCGACAUGAAGAAGCAAUCCAAUGACCUGAUGGCUCACACCCUGCGUCAGACGGAGGACCGCGUCAGCGAUGUACGAAGAAGAGCAGAAGAAGCAGUUCAGGAAGUGAAGAGGCAGGCCAUGUUAGAACUACAGAAGGCUGUGACAGCAGCUGAACACAAGGCCACGGAAAUGGUGUCAGCAGAACGCGUCAAGAUGGAACGGUCACUGUCCGAGACCCGCAAAAAAGUCCGAGAGGAGGUGAUGGCUCAGUUUAACCACCAGGAGGAAUCUAGUGAGAGCUGCUGGAAUUGUGGUAGGAAGGCAAGCGAGACCUGCAGUGGCUGUAACAUAGCUCGAUACUGCGGCUCCUUCUGUCAACACAAGGACUGGGAAAACCACCACCAUGUGUGUGGGAAGUCGAACGCAGCAUCAAGCAUCCCGGAGACCCGACCUGACAGGGCUCCGUCAGCCACACAUAGUCCCCCCCAGCAGAAGAACAGCCCCGGUCAGUCAGCGGAGGCCUCCAGUCCCCCCCAGCCCUCCUCCCUCAGCCCCCGACGGCCACUCCCCUCACCCCCAAAGGCAGCCUCACGCUCAAGUACGCCCCCAGAGAAAAACGUGGAUGUGAUAGGAUAAAAAUAAAUGGUCAGGCUUAUGAAUGGAUCAUAAAAUAAUCAUGUGAUAAUAAUGGCAACUCUUCACACAUUGAAAGACGUCAGUGGUGAAAUAUUCUGUAUCAUUUUGGUUGGACCAAUUUGAAUAAGAAUUUAUUUGUGCUACAUGCAUAGUAUAUACCUGAUAUAGACAAUGUAAUACUGACAUUCCAUGUUUGACAUGUAAAAAUUCAGGUGAGAUGGGACAAUCUACCUUCUCAAACUGAGAUUUAUUGGUCUGAAAACUCUCAUUUAAUGCCUUGAAAAGGACUUGUCUUAUAAACUUCUAUAUUGUAACUCUUUCUAGUCAUUUAUGAUUGUUUGUGACUCUGUGCCCUGUGUUUUGGUUGGUGAUGUUACUACAAACAGAAAUGAUGUAGAAGUGUGACAUACCCAGAGGUCAAAUUGUGACCUAAAUAUUACCCAUAAUUAGGUCAAAGGUCAAACAUUGACCCAAUGUGCUUGUCAACUAGCUUUAACUACAUUGUUGUGUACUAACUUGAUGUUGUAUUGUAGGGAAGUCUGUUACUUGUAGGGGGUAUUCAGUGUAAGUUUACGUGUGUUGGGAGAUCUUUUGUGUAGAAGGAAGAUUUCCUGUGAGUGACUGGCACAUGUCUGUAUGAUAUUAGAUGUAGACAGAGUUCGUACUGGGAUUUGUUUCUGUGAUAAUUAAUGACGUUUAUUCAUUAGCUACUAAUUUCUACAUUGAGCUUUAACUUGAUAUGUAUAUUAUUAUUAUGUCAAUGUUAAAUCUGUGUAAAAGUUUUUUUUGUCUGGGUGUUUGUCUGUUGAGCACUAGAGAAACUCUGUGCUUCACUCAUUGUGGGAAAAGUGCUGUUCUUUAUGAAAAAGUUUCAUCAGAAAUAUUUUUUUGUCAUUUAUAAAUAUCAUGAUAUUGUUUUAAUGACUUUCUGUAUUUCUCAUUGCUGUGUAAUUUCAUAAUGAGUUAUAUUUCAUACAUCAACAUAAACAGAAUCGUGAAUCGUUAUCAGUGUACUAGAGAGGUAAGGGAGACAACUAACAGUUGACUGCCAUGUGACACUGGAUUCUGAACUAACAAUGACACAUUUUCAAAAUUACAGAGUUCUGAAUUGAAAAAGACAUGUUUUUGAACAGAUAAAAAUCAUGUGUAUGGUACAAAGAAUUUGACUUUCCUUUUCUAUUUCAUAAUGUACAUGUGUACCUGUUCACCUGGGAGUCCUGAAAUCUACAAUAUUUCCUGUAAACCUCUGUUUUAUACAGUAUUUCAUGUAAGCAUCUGUUUUAUUGUCUAAAGCCGUAACGGGAGAUAACUUUUGCUAUUUAGGGUAUAAAGCUGGAGAUUUAUUGGUGUGUGUAAUUUUGUACACUGUGCAAUACUUGAUUGUUAUAUUUCUGUAUGGAGCUGACAUUUGUUGUCAUUCUCUAAAAUAAAUACUCAAAGAAAAAAAAA